AUGGCCGACCACACCACUCGUCGAUCCAAGAGAUUGGCAGAGAAGACUCCAAACAAGGAGGGCUUGAAGUCACCUCCAAAGCGCACUCAGACCAGUCAAGGCGUCAAAAAGCUGUCCCAAAAGCAUAAUGGUUCCCCUCCCCCUCCCUCGUCAAGGCAACAAUCGGUUUCUGGACUGUCGUUUGUAUCAACUGGAUCAAGUCUGGGCGACUUCAUCAGCCCUGAUACGUUCACUGCCAGACAGAGGGCAGGAUCUCGAGACUCUCUUGGUCUGCUUACACGCAGGCAAGGCAUGUUCGGCCGGAACUCAGAAGACAGAGCAUUCCUCGCGGCCAGAGCUCAAGACGUCCCUAGCCAGGAUCCUAGGCGCAGAGACGUGUCCAUGAAUCCCAUAUUUGAGGGACAGUCUGUCGAUGAUGCCGAGAAGAAGUUGGUGUCCAUUCAGAAGGCCAAAGAUGCCUAUAUCCGUCGUCCUGAUUUGGACCCUGACCGGCCUCUGCCCUCCAUCGAAUCUCAACAGUCUCGUCCUGAUCAGACCGUCAGAAACCCUAUCGCCACUUUUCCUCCUGUACCAUCCCCACAAGACCGAUCGUGGCCUGAGGGCUAUUGUCACGCGUCAGGCAGUCUGAGAGAUGACCGCCAAGCUGUGGACAGAGACUUCCCUGGCCUGCUAUCACCCAUUGAGCACGUACCUCAUGGGUGGUACUGGUCUACGUUGGCCUUGAACAUGUGGAACCUUGACAAACUCAUUGAGAAUAUCGAAUGGAAUGUUGAUUCCACACUCCUCGCAUCAAUGGCUUGGAUUUUGAAGGAUCUGAAGGAGCACACCUAUAUUGUGCCCGUUGGCCUGCAGGUGACUGAGACUGGUCACAUGUUCUCUUCCUUGACCAACCGCCAUAUCCAAGCAACCUGCCGCCGUCGCCGCUUCAUCAUUUCCGUUAUCAACAAGGACGAGAACCAUUGGAUCUUGGUCAUAUAUGACCAAAAGUACGGGAUGUCCUAUUGGUUCGAUUCACUCGGUGGUACCCAGCAGCAAGACAGUGCAGCUAGAACCAUCCUGAGGAAGUUGUAUGAGCCUUGGUUGGCUAGAUGCGGAAUUGCUGUCCCCGAUCAAGGACAAUUCCAGCAGGAGAUUGUCACAAGCAUCCGUCAAUCGGAUACCCAGCACUGUGGGUAUUGGGUGUUGGAAAAUUUGCGUCUGUUCUUCUGCCUGGACUGGUCUCGUGCCAGACCGCCUGUCAUCGUGGGAUGGAGCAGUCACUUCGAGCACUUCAACCACGAGAGAGCUCAGGAUGCAGAAAGAUUCUUCAUGAGACAACUGCAACUAAUGGCUCGACGUAUACUGCGUCAGUCUGACGACCGCCCGAUGCUGCGUGUGGAGCAUCUGAAUGACCAUCCUCAUGAGGAUAGUCCUGAUCAGGACAACUCUCUCUGCCACCAGCGAAGUCUCAGCAGCCAGAUGGAGGACCUGAGCCUGACGGUUGCAUUUGAUCACAGUGGCUCCCCGGAGCACAAUCUUUCACCACCACAUACCGCCGACUUCCAAGGAUGGGGCCCUAAGGCCAGAGAGAUGGCAAAGGACAAGGACAAGACGAAGUCCGGCAAGUCUUGGACUGAACUGGAGGAAAUUUAUAGGAGGAAAAAGUUGUCGAGGGUAGAGGUAUACAAGGCAGAGAGGGAAUGGGGACGAAAGUUCCGGAAGACAUUCAUGGAGCCCCCAAUGUAG